CCCUCCUUCUAAGUUCUUCUUUUCAUAUAUAAAUUAAAUCCAACCAUCAAAUGACAAGACCAGAUUUCCUCAUCAACUUGAUAUUAAUUGCAGUUGGAUUUAGUCAUAGUUUCUAUAUUUACUCUACAAUAGUGAAGAGAAGCUAAGUAUUUGGAUUUUUGACGAGAAAAAAUGGAAAGAGAAGGAGAACUGGUGGUGCGGGGACGUGUAGAGAUUGACACGAGACAGCCUUUUCGAUCUGUGAAGGAGGCGAUCAUGUUAUUUGGAGAAAAGUUUUUGGCUGAAGAAAUUUAUGCAAAACAGCUUAAAGAGCUGUUUUGUCAGGUGCAGACCAAGGCAAGUGGUGGACAAAACCAGCCAAGAAUUGAAUUACCAGUGACAAUUGAGCUUGAAGAGACAAAGCAAAACCUCCAAAAAUCAAAAGAAGAAGGAACAUUUAUGGCACAUUGUCUUCAAUCUCUAAAAGAAGAGCUAGAACUGACAAAAAGAGAGAUACAUCAAUUGAAGACAAGAGAACUGAAGCAGAAAGUAGCGUUAGGCGCGGAUCCUGAGAUUGAAGAUCUCAAAUUCAUUGAGAACUCGUCGUCAUCCAAAGUUGAAUUAAGAACACAAUUUCAAGAGUAUGAUGAUGAGAUUGAAUUUCAGAAAAAAAAGUCUGUUAAGUUUGCUAGUACCCCUUUACUCACUAGGAUCAUUAAUGUGGAGAGUACUAGCCCUUCACAACUUAAGAAAAAGUUGAAGAAAAAACCUUUAAUUCCUUUGUUUGGUGGAUUGUUUUCCAAGAAGAAAGGGAAAGGAAAUCAAGUAAACCAAUAUUCAUGAAAUCCCAUUUUAAAAUUGAAAUUUUGUGGCCCUUUUGAAUUAAGAGAAUGGUAGAGGUCUCAAAAAGAUUUUACCAUUGGAUUUGGCUGUUAAAUCAAAUAAGUUGUCUUCUUAUUAGCAACUCUUUAUUGCUGUAUUUCUAUUAUCACUUUUAGCACGGCCCAAAAACUGUAGCAAAAAAAGUAUAAAAUUUGUAUAAUUUUCGUAUACAAUGUCAUUUCCCUAUUUCUUUAAUCUAGAAAGAGAAUGCCUGUAAUUAGUUCAAUAUUCUUAGAUAUGCAAAAUAUAGUACACACGGACGAUGUGUGUGUGUAUAUAUAUAUAUAUUGAUUGAGAUUAUCAGCAUUGUUGUUCAUUAUUGAAAAAUCUACUAUUACUAAUGCAGAAUAGCUUAUUUCUUACAGUUUCACUUGGUUUCUAUAUGGCAAAAAUUCUUUUUUUUUCCCUUCCUUUUUCCUUCUGGUAAUGGCACAAACUCAGUGAAACGUCUCCUUUUCCGUGGCUUAUUUAGAUAAUAAAUCCUUAGAUGAAACAUGAUAAUAGAAUACAAACUAUGUAGAGAUUAAUGAGAAAGAUGGCGCCAGUGAGACAUAAUUAGCCUUCUUACUUGAAACCUAAGAAGGCUAAGCAAAUCAUACUACAAAAUCUUUCAGAAAACGAUGACAU